CCAGGAUAUCUGCAUCCUCUACAUGGAAGUUAGAAAAACACACAGAUCACUUUCAUCUCAGUUUGUUCUUCAGGAAAUCCUGGAGGGUGUAUUAGUCAGGGAUUGUCAUUUUCCCUCCGAGACAAACUCCAGAGCAGGAAUCUGCUCUAAGGUGGGGUGGGAGCGGGAGCAGGCUCAGGCUGGAGAGUGGACACUUCUUCCUGUAUGAUUGACGUGUAGCCAGAAAGUGGAUUCUAGCUGUUCGAGAAGGUCAGGGUUGUGUUUCCCUUCCUUUCUUCUUGAUAGAUGAACGGAAAAAGGCCUGCUCUUUGAAAUGGGGAUUUUCCAAGGCCAAGAGGACUGGUGCCAUUCCAGGAAUGUGCCACUUUGUGGGCGGGACAGUGGGCAGGGGCCUGAGAGAAGGACUCAAGGGAGGUCUCAGAACCGCCCAAGUAGCCAGAUGGAUGAGGGUCUCAAGAGCUAUAAGUGGCCGGGCCAGGGCCUUGGCAUGGGUCUCCAACCAUGGUCCCCGUGGGGCUGCUGCUGCUGCCGCUGCUGCUGGCCCUGCUAGCCGGGGCUCGCCUGCUGUGGGGCCAGUGGAAGCUCAGGAGCCUCCACCUCCCCCCUCUUGUUCCUGGCUUCUUGCACCUGCUGCAGCCCAACCUCCCCAUCUAUCUACUUGGCCUGACUCAGAAACUCGGGCCUAUCUACAGGGUCCGCCUUGGGCUGCAAGAUGUGGUGGUGCUGAACUCCAAGAGGACCAUUGAGGAGGCCAUGGUCAGGAAGUGGGUGGACUUCGCUGGCAGACCCCAGAUACCAUCCUGUAAGGGGAGGGGGCGUUUCGGGAAGAAGCAGGGGCUGUGGGAGGCAGGGAAGGGCAGGCCCAUGGCUUCCUUGGUCAGUUCGACCCCCCACCCCCAACCCCUACUCACAGACAAGCUGGUGUCUCAGCACUGUGAGGACAUCUCCCUGGGGGACUACUCCCUGCUCUGGAAGGCCCACAAGAAGCUCACCCGCUCUGCCCUGCUGCUGGGCAUCCGCAACUCCAUGGAGCCCUGGGUGGAGCAGCUGACCCAGGAGUUCUGUGAGCGCAUGAGAGCCCAGGCCGGUGCCCCUGUGACCAUCCAGAAGGAAUUCUCUUUCCUCACCUGCAGCAUCAUCUGUUACCUUACCUUUGGAGACAAGGAGGAGACCUUAGUACAUGCCAUUCAUGACUGUGUCCAAGACUUGAUGAAAACCUGGGACCACUGGUCCCUCCAAAUGUUGGACAUGGUUCCCUUUCUCAGGUUCUUCCCCAACCCCAGCCUCUGGAGGCUGAAGCAGGCCUUGGAGAACAGGGACCACAUUGUAGAGAAGCAGCUGAGGCGGCACAAGGAGAGCAUGGUGGCCGGCCAGUGGAGGGACAUGGUGGACUACAUGCUCCAAGGGGUGGGGAGGCCAAGAGAGGGAGAGGGCCCUGGACAGCUCCUCGAAGGGCACGUGCAUAUGUCUGUGGUGGACCUUUUCAUCGGUGGCACUGAGACCACGGCGAUAACCCUUUCCUGGGCUGUGGCCUUCCUGCUUCACCACCCUGAGAUUCAGCAGCGACUGCAGGAGGAGCUGGAUCAUGAGCUGGGCCCCAGAGCCUCAGGUACCCGAGUCCCAUUCAAGGACCGGGCUCGGCUGCCCUUGCUCAACGCCACCAUCGCGGAGGUGCUGCGCCUGCGGCCCGUUGUGCCCCUGGCCUUGCCGCACCGCGCCACGCGGCCUAGCAGCAUCUUCGGCUAUGACAUCCCCGAGGGCAUGGUGGUCAUCCCCAACCUCCAAGGCGCCCACCUUGACGAGACGGUCUGGGAGCAGCCUCACGAGUUCCGGCCGGACCGCUUCCUGGGCCCGGGCGCCAACCCCUGCGUGUUGGCGUUUGGCUGCGGGGCGCGCGUGUGCCUGGGCGAGCCGCUGGCGCGCCUGGAGCUCUUCGUGGUGCUGGUGCACCUGCUCCGGGCCUUCACGCUGCUGCCUCCCGCGGGCGCCUUGCCCUCGCUGCAACCCUAUCCCUACUGCGGCCUCAACCUCAAGAUACAGCCUUUCCAGGUGCGGCUGCAGCCUCGGGAGGCGGAGGCCCCGGGUCUGGGAGAGUGCCAGUGACCAGUGACAGGGCAGGACUCGUGCCAGUCACGUGCCUCAGUUUCUCCUUUUAUUGCUCCCAUACAAACCUCGUCCCUCCCCCCUGUAAACAUGGUGCUGUGAGAUCGCGGGUGGAGAAGGCUUCUGCUGACGGCUGGAUGGUGAAGGUGGCCCCUGGCUCUUCUCUCAGCGCAACCCCUCAGUGCUCGGCAGUCAUAGUGGGGCGCUGGAGGGGUGAGCAGCGGCUCAGCUUCCCCUGCCCAGGGGCCGGUAGCUUCUUGGUCUCAGCUUCAUUUCCGUGAAGGGUAUGGAGAAAUCGAAGCCCUUCCAGUAGUACCAGCUCACUCCCUGGGAAGAGGGUUGUUGAAGGAGAGUCAAAGCCAGACAGCCCACCUGCUCCCACCUCUGCCCCCUUUGGGGAGAUCGUUCCCAGAAAUCAAUCAACCAUCCUCCCUCCCUUUUUUCUUCAUAACCCUCGGCUACAAAGGACUGAGGCUGAAUCCUGUGCUGUCCUUUUACAUCCAAUAAAUCAUCCCCUCCUCAGGAUAA